AUGGGGAAUUCCCCUGUUUCCGCUUUGGUUCUUGCGGACAACAAUCUCGGAGGGUGCAUACCGGGAAGUAUUGGUCAAAUGGGGAAGACACUCAACGAGCUUAUCCUCUCCAACGACAACUUAACCGGUUGUUUACCUCCUCAAAUCGGAAACCUCAAGAAAGUGACAGUUUUCGACAUCAGUUCAAACAGUCUACAAGGUCCGUUACCAUCUAGCAUCGGAAACAUGAAGAGCUUAGAAGAGCUUCACGUGGCUAACAAUGGCUUCGCAGGAAUCAUUCCUCCAAGUAUCUGCCAGCUUACUAACCUUGAGAACUUUACUUACUCUUCCAACUUCUUCACCGGUCGUCCCCCUGUAUGCGCAGCUGGUUCGUUAGUAGACGCUGUUGUGAACGGCUCCAUGAACUGUAUCAUAGGUUUGGCUAGUCAAAGAUCGGCUAAGCAGUGCUCAUCUCUUCUUGCUCGUCCUGUUGAUUGCAUUCCGGACACUUCCUCCACCGGUUUACGUGUACUCAUCGCCCCCACCACCGUCAUCCAAAAUGUCGCCUAG